UACGCAACUAAAACAGCUGUCUUCCACCUGCGCGGCAGAGAAUUAUGGGAUAUUAACAUCCGGGUCUCUUUCUUUCCCACUCAACUCCUCAACAUGGGUCGUAUGCACUGUCCAGGAAAGGGUAUAUCCCAAUCAGCGCUACCAUACCGUCGUUCAGUGCCAACAUGGUUGAAACUGUCAUCAGAUGAUGUUAAGGAACAGAUCUAUAAACUUGCCAAGAAGGGUUUGACGCCGUCCAAAAUUGGUGUCAUCCUCCGUGAUUCACAUGGUGUGGCUCAGGUCCGCUUUGUGACUGGCAACAAAAUAUUGAGAAUCCUGAAGGCCAAGGGACUUGCUCCCAAAAUCCCUGAGGAUCUUUACCAUUUGAUUAAAAAGGCUGUGUCUGUAAGAAAGCAUAUGGAGAGAAACCGAAAGGAUAAGGACUCAAAGUUCCGUCUCAUUUUGAUUGAGAGCAGAAUUCACCGUUUGGCCAGGUACUACAAGACAAAGAGAGUAUUGCCACCAAACUGGAAAUAUGAAUCUUCCACAGCUUCUGCACUGGUGGCAUAAGAAGUACUAUUUACACCUGUAUUUAGUUUGGAAUAAAACUGUUCUAUUGUAU